CUUUCUCCACGCCAGGAUUAAACAUAUCAAUCCAUCACCGUCACGCGCCACUGCUUCGCCGACGCACAGAUCCACCAGCCAAGCGUACGUUUCACUCCUCGAAAUCAAUCUUCCAAGCAGAUCACCGGUCAACUCCGAGCACUCCGUCGCCUGCGCCUGUUUGACGCGGCGAUGAGCUCGGACGCGCACCAGCGGCGGCAGCCGCACGUGGUGCUGAUCCCGCAGCCGGCGCAGGGCCACGUCACGCCGAUGCUGCACCUCGCCAAGGCGCUGCACGCCCGGGGCUUCCGCGUCAAUUUCGUCAACUCCGAGUACAACCGCCGCCGCCUGCUCCGGUCCCGCGGCCCCGGCUCUCUGGACGGCGCGGACGGCUUCCGCUUCGAGGCCGUCCCGGACGGCCUGCCGCCGUGCUACGACCACGGCGACGACGUCACGCAGGACAUCGCCGCGCUCUGCCUGUCCGCCACAAAGCACAGCGCCGCGCCGUUCAGGGAGCUGCUGGUCAGGCUCAACAGCAGCACGCCGGUGAGUUGCGUCAUAGCCGACGGCGUCAUGAGCUUCGCGCAGAGGGUGGCCGAGGAGAUGGGCAUCCCGGCCUUGGUGUUCUGGACUACGAGCGCCUGCGGCUUCAUGGGUUACCUCCACUUCGCCGAGCUCGUCAGAAGAGGCUAUGUGCCACUCAAAGACGAUAGUGAUCUGACUAACGGGUACCUGGACACUGUCAUCGACUGGAUCCCCGGAAUGGAUGGCAUCCGUCUGAAAGACAUGCCCAGCUUCAUCAGAACCACCGACCCGGACGACGUGAUGCUCAACUUCGACGGCGGCGAGGCGCAGAACGCGCGCGGCGCCCGCGGGCUCAUCCUCAACACGUACGACGCGCUGGAGCAGGACGUCGUCCACGCGCUCCGCCGCACGUUCCCGCGCCUCUACACGGUCGGCUCGCUGGCCAAAGCCGCCGCGGGAGGCGCCGAUCUGGACGCGAUCGGCGGGAACCUCUGGAAGGAAGACGCGAGCUGCCUCCGCUGGCUGGACGCCCAGAAGCAGCCCGGCUCGGUGGUGUACGUCAACUUCGGAAGCAUCACGGUGGUGACUCCCGCGCAGCUCGCGGAGUUCGCGUGGGGGCUGGCAGGCUGCGGCCGGCCGUUCCUGUGGGUCGUCCGGCCGGACCUCGUCGCCGGCGAGAAGGCCGUGCUGCCGGAGGAGUUCGUCCGGGAGACCAAGGACAGGGGAGUGCUGGCGAGCUGGUGCCCGCAGGAGCGCGUCCUCUCGCACCCGUCGGUGGGGCUGUUCCUGACGCACUGCGGGUGGAACUCGACGCUGGAGAGCGUGUGCGCGGGCGUGCCGAUGGUCUGCUGGCCCUUCUUCGCCGAGCAGCCGACCAACUGCCGGUACGCGUGCGCCAGGUGGGGCAUCGGGGUGGAGAUCGGCGGCGGCGUGGCGAGGGAGGAGGUGGCGCGGCUGGUGCGCGAGGCGAUGGACGGCGAGAGGGGCAAGGCGAUGAGAGCGAGCGCGACGGCGUUGAAGCAGAGCGCCGGGGCGGCGACGGAGGGAGGCGGCUCGUCGAGCGAGAACAUGGAUCGGCUGGUCGAGUUCUUGCAUGCCGGGUGUGACGGUGCUACCUGAAUGACUUGUAGUACGUGUUUGAGCUGAUCUCCCCGGUCCUUGGAUGUUUUCUGUCUCGUUUCGCGCUGUGCCAGGUUUCCUUCACUGAAUGAAGAGCUGCGUUCAUCACAAAGAUGGAAGAAACAAGACAGAAUGAGGAGAUGAAAUUGUGCAGUGUGAUUUUGUUGCGCUGCAAGUAAUGAUGCGUGCCCAGAAUGCUUGGGAGCUGGGAGUAGUAGUUUUGCUCCAGAUGUAAAUUACUCCGGUCUUCUCAGAGACUCCAGUACAAACUACAUAUAGAGUAAAAUAAGUGAAUCUAUGUUAUAAAA